GAAGGAAGGCAGACUAAAGGCAGAUCGGUAGAAUCGAGGCCUGAUCCAGUAUAAAGGGAGCUAGUGGGCGAGGGGAGGGGAGGACUGAGACUGGAGGGAUGACACGAACACGGGGGUUUUCUUCUUUCUUCAUAUCUCUGUAUAAAAACGGCUCGUUUUGGGUGAAAAUCGAAGCUACGCUAAAAUAAGGACGACGCUAAGGCGGAUCCAGGCUUCCAGCUCCGCCGCCCGGGGCUAAACACGGCUGCGCAGCCGAGCGGCUCAGCGCCGGCUCCGGAUGCGAUUCUGCCGCCGCUCCGUCCUGUAAUUUCAUAUUCAGCUAUCUGACAACCGAAGUUGGCUCAUCUACACUUUCCCUCUUCUGCCUCAUCCUCAACUAUACAAAGUUUUCAGCCUCCCUUUAAACACCAAGCCCAUCUGUAGACAGUCCCUGCCUUGUUUAAUGCCAGUUGCAAGCGCCUGUCUUCCAUAUUCCCUGCCAGUCCAUCAUAGUUCCUGCAUUGCUCCCAGAAUCUCCAGAUAUUUCUUAGCCCUCUCGUUAAAUCCAUUUUCUGUAUUAGUGGUACAGUACUCUUCAGUCACUCAUGGCUUCUCCAAAGUUAGCAGUGCCUGCCACAACUACAACCUUAUCUCCUUCCUCCUCCCACUCUGCUUCUUCCUUCGGUGCCCCACCACACAUUAGUAACCUUAGCUCAGUGCCUGAGGCCCCCACUAGCCCAAUGGCAACUUCCCUGUGCCCAAGUUCAAUUCCAACUGCCCUGGUCAGUGGACCUGUCAACAUUGCCGUAAUCCUGGAGGAGCUUCGUAUUUUGCAACAAAGGCAGAUCCACCAGAUGCAGAUGACCGAAGAGAUCUGCCGGCAAGUGCUGAGGCUCGGAGAAACAACUUGUGACCUCGAUUCAGCUCCACUGAUUCUGUCUCCACUGCCACUGUGUUUGGAAGGUUCAGAUACAACAUCAAAAACCUCUCGACUUGAUCAAACACCUCCCCGGCCCUCUGUAACCCCUCUCCUGGCCUGCUUCUCCACCUUGCUUCCGUCACAGUCUUCAACUAAACCUUCCAAACCUGCCCAGUCCUUGUCAAACAUCCUGAAUCCCCAUAAACCUGACAGAAAGGCAACUCCAGAGAACCAAGAGAAAAGUUCCCAAUCACUGGUCUCUUCCUCAACAUCUUCCGCAGCAAACUACCCACUUAGCCUCUCUUUUGGCUUACCUGCCCACUGUUUAUAUGAGAAGCCCUCUAAUCCCAUAACAUCUGCCACUGCUUCCUCCACUGCAGACUCAGAGGAGUCCCAAAACUCAGCUCAAGGAGGUAGUACAGCUUUGGCUUCAGGUCGUUUACAGCAUGCUUGCAGGUUUUGUGGAAAACUGUUUAGUAGCGAGUCCUCUCUGCAGAUACACCUGCGCUCUCACACAGGUGAAAGGCCUUACCAGUGCCCUGUGUGUCUUAGCCGCUUCACUACAAGAGGAAACCUAAAGGUGCACUUCCUGAGACAUCGUGAGCAAAACCCAGAGCUGUCAUUCUCCCUGUUGCCUCCAUCACUGUUUCUACCUGGAGUAGUGGGAACAAGUGGAGGAUCAGCGCAAACUCAGCUAGUAAAUUCUGCCAACACCAGCACCCAAGAGAGGCAACAAAAACGCAGAGCAGAAGAAGAUCUGUGUAGUCUAGAAGUUUCUUCUGCAAGUGGUGGACUCUCCACAGCCUUGCAACGCUCCCCACCCUCAUCUCUGCCCCUACCACCCAGUAUAGACUUGGCUCUGUUGACAACUGCUCGCUCCCUCCUGCAACUCAAUUGCGUUGCUGCUGCAGCUGCAGCUGGUACCUCAAUUUCCUCAACUUCCUCAAACACACCUUCCUUGCCGUCUUCCUCCCUCCUCUCUUCACCGUACUCUUCAAGCGCUGCGCUUACUGGAUUGUUUAAAGGAGCAAAGCAACAACGAUUUGAUGAAAACACUCCUCCAGUCCCUAACUUGCUGUCUCAUUCUGCUUACUCUCAACUGUCGCAACUACCCAAAAUCCUCUUCCCAGCUGCCUCUUCCCACCACGCUGCUCCAUUUGGGCUCAUGAGAUCUCCAGUGUCAACAGCAUCGAACCCAUCAACCAGCCAGCAACAAGUCACUUUUUCCUCUGCAUCUUACCCCAAAGAUUCAGCCUCCACUGUCUCCUCUCUGUCAGCAUCCACCCCGACUUCCGACACCUCUAAGCUACAAAAGCUUGUGGAAAAGCUAGAGAAAGGGCCACACACUUAUUCCUCUGGAGGGAACACUUCUAGCAGUAGCAGCACAGCUGGAACUAUGAGAACUGCUAGUACAUCCACUACUUAUGUGGUGGCCUCUCCGGCAUUCUCCACCACAGGCACCUCACCCUCCACAUUCAGCAGGGAAAUGAUGGCAGCCCUAGGGAUGACCUCUAAUCGAGAAAAUGAUUUUGCGGGAACUGUGAUGCCUAAUCUACACUUCAUGGCAUCUGCAGCAUCACUCACCCCAAAUCAGUGCAGUGUAUGCCUUCGGGUGCUUAGUUGUCCCAGAGCCCUACGCCUUCAUCAAGCCACUCACUUGGGUGAACGUCCCUUCUCCUGCAAGUUGUGUGGUCGCUCCUUCUCAACUAAAGGCAGCUUGAGGGCACAUCUGGCGACUCACCGAGCACGCCCACCAAACAGUCGCACCCAGAAUUCCUGUCCCCUGUGUCAAAGAAAGUUCACUAAUGCUGUGGUACUGCAGCACCACAUUCGAAUGCACCUGGGGGGACAGCUGCCACCAGAGGGUGUUGGAGAUCAUCAAGCCUCGUCAGAUCAAUCUAAAUCUCUGGUGCCUGACAAUCCCAGUACCGUUUCCACUGUUAAUGCCCAGGAUUGUAGCUCACCUGCCAGUGCCCCAGAACCUCCAACUCUCAUUACUUCUUCCUCAGGAAGCACCAAAGGCAAAUUUAACUCUGACGUCUUUCCACACUCUGACCUUGACUUUGACCAAGCCCUAAACCACACUCUUCAAGCAACCUCAAAAGAUGGUACCGAUCCUUCUGUCUUCUGUACUAGUGCGUCCUCUUUAGCAGUAUCUGUCCCGUCUCCUUGUCCUCUCCCACCUCUUUCAUCUUCUGUCAAAGAUGGAUCACCUAAUGUUGAACAUUUGGAUGAAGAUCCCAAUAAAGCUGUAACCCAAGAGGAUAAAAAUCCAGCUCCCCUCUCCGCUUGUGUGACAAAUGAUAGCAAAGAUGGCCAAGCAGUUCUUGACAAAGGCACUUCUUGGGACAUCGCUUCUUAUGGAUCAAAUUCAAACCUAGAGGAUCUGCUGAGUAUGCCUGCCCACAGCUCAUCAGCAAUGUCUCACUCUCUAAUAGCAACUCCACCCCUGUUGACACUGAGCCCUGAAAAUCGCUCUACCCACCCAGGACACCUAUCAAUUACCCCAGACUCAAAUAUAGAAAGCAUAAUGGGUGAUAUGCCACAAGACGCAGCAAGGACCAUUUCAGGGGCAGUUUCUGAGAUGGACAGCGAUGCAACAGCAAUGACGUACACAGAGGAAAAGAAAAGCGAGGGGGCAGAAAAGAAUGCACCAGAUUCAACUUGUAUGCAACUAGCAGAGGCAAGGAAGGAUAUCCAGAUUGUUUUAACAAAACAUGUUGAUGGGAUUGGUGUUAAAGAGACUGCAGAUGUGGAAAAAGAGCAACCAGAGGCAAUGGUGUCCACCUCUUUGGCUCCUUCUCUCCCUCCAUCCCGCCCAGAGAAAAAAACAUAUUCUUGCUCUGAAUGUGGCAAAGAAUAUGCAAGCCGGAGUGGCCUGAAGGGACACAUGAAGCAUCAUGGAGUUAUUCCUCACUCCCCUGCAAGAUCAAGGGUCUCUGAAAGACAUCAGCCUGCGACUUCACAAAAUCUGGCCAGCACUUCCUCUACACCUCCAGCCACGAGAGCAUCCGUCAGCUUCCUGAACCAGUAUCAAGCCCACCGCAAUGCCAGCCAUGCAUCCUUGAAGGAGAUCUCUUCCCCAGAGCGUCCAACUGGUAAUAAAGGAAAAGGCACUGAGAGAUCUGUGUCUGAUGAAAAUGAUGAACAAGGUUGAAGAAAAUAUGAACCUUCAUGGGAGAAAGAAAAUCCUAAAUUGACGUAAGAAAUGUAGCAUUUAUAAUGUAUAACCUUUUCACUUAGUUAUUGACUGGCUAUUUUGCUACUAAGUCAGUUCUUAUUUUUUUUUCUUGUUGUUUUGUGUAGUGCUAAGAUUUUACUUGAUAAUGUAGCUAUGAAGGUAGAAUGUAAAUACAAGGUUAAAAUCUCCAAAUGGCUAAAAAGUGAGGCCUGUUUACUUUGUCCAUCUAAUUUGUAGAGUCCAUGCAUUCUAAGCUGAAACCCAAAGCAUCAACUUGAGCUUGAGUAACAGUCCUCAUCCAGUAAAAGUAAACUGACAGGUAAAAAACUUGGUUGAUAAUGUUUCCAGACUGCAAUGGAGUGUCCAGUAGGCCUGGAAUCAUGGGGUGGGGUAAAAUUUAGUACGAUGCCAGAUCACCUUUGGUCUUUAUUACAUUACGCUAAUGAGAAACUGGAAAUAGGCUGUCCACAUACUGAUGCCAUCUGUAGACCUUGCCCUGAAGACACAGGUACUAUGCUAUGGCCAACCACAUCCCCAGACCCAUCCCUGAUUUAAAAUGUGUGGGAUGCUUUUGGAAGCAGAACCACAAAAUUUGCAGAACUGCAUGACUGUUUGAGCUGCAAGAGACCACUUCUGUAUGUGUAGCUCAAAAAAUAUGACCAAGAUUUCCCAUAUCAAUCAAAAUUUCUAAUUACAUAUUGUUCCCAGUAAUUCUUAUCUUCCUUCCGAAUAGCAUUGCAAUCUGACACUUCUUUCUUGGUGCAACUUUCUUUGCAAGCAUUUCUUUGACAAUGAUGAAUAAACAAUACAUUGCUUAUUUUUGCUGCACUGCUUUAAUUAAGCAGUUAUUAAAAAAAUCAAGAAGUAAAUUAACUUCUGCCAUUCCCUUCACAGCGUGAACGUGCAGGUCAGUUUUCUCUACCGAAAAGCGCAGAAACGCUGCACCAUCAAAAUAGCAAUCUAGCAAAGUCAGAUCACACCUGGCUCUUAAAGAGAAUGGCAGGUGACAUGCUGAUUGGCUUCAUGGUUCCAUGAUUAAUUAAGAUAAUUAGUACUUGCCUUUUGCUUGUUUUGAGACGCACAAGGCAUACUUUUCCCAUCGUUAUGAUAGCAAAGACACACUGACACGCCCUAAAUCAAACUGAUUUUAAAUUAUUAUUUUUAUAGGCCUGGUGCUCCCCUUGUCUUUUUCCAGUAAAUACACGGUAAAGGAGCAUCUGCAGUGGGACAGAAUGCAUGUCUAGGCCAAGUCCACCAGUUCAGGUCCGCUAUGGCCAGCUGUGAGCUGUGCACUUUUACACUAAUAAACAACAUGUGUAUUAUAGUUAUCUUAGUCUCCUAAAUUAUUCGCUAUCUUUCCUAAAAUAGGAUUUACACAGUUCCCCAAUUACCACUGUAGCAGCAAGAAUAAAGGCUCCAACAGACCAGCAAUCAGACUAAUUAAAAGUAUUCUCUAGUUAUAUUUAAGUUACUUCUGUUAACCACUAUUAGCUGUACUAAUACAUUAUCUGAACCAUGUUUACUGACAUCUCUUUGAAGUUUAAAAGUACUUUUAUUUAUCCUGAAGGAAAUAAUUUUAUCAGUUUUUUUUUUUAUCAGCAUUUUCAGCCCAAUUUGAGGAUUCACAAUAGUAAUGGCUGUUUGAUACAAAAAUAAAAUAAACACUGGUCACAUUUUCUAUUAACCCUUGUGUGGUGUUCGGGUCUGUGGGACCCGUUUUCAUUUUUCAUCAAAUGAUACAAAAAAAAUAUUAUAAAUAACUCAAACUCAUUGGCAUUGGCUCAUUUUUUGUGAAAAACAUAUAUCAAAACACAUUUUCGAUAAACACACACUGUACACCCCCCCCCCCCCCCACAUUUAUAUUACAUACAGUAUGUUUGGUCAAGGGCUAAUAAACAUUUGCUUCAUUUGUAAAUUUGAAACUAAACAAAUGUUCUACUCAUAUCUUGAGUUAAAUUCAUUUUCUUUUACAUUUUAUUUAAAAACUAUUAAAAAAAGAGUAGCACUUUUUGAAAGAAAUGUAACAUAAAAAAGGUAAAGGGCAAAUAUUAACCAUGUAAGCUGUUUAUAUUGCUUGCAAUUUAGGUGAAGCAAGCAUGUGUAAAGCAUUUUAAUGUAGAAUUGCUUAAUUUUGCUGAACUAAAUACAAGUAACAAAGUAAACGAGUAACAAAAAUAUGAACACCACACAAGGGUUAAAUAUCAAACAGAUUUUGCAGUAUUUUUAUUUUCAUGACCUGUGGAAUCAUUGACUUCUCCUAAAACUGGAUGAACAUUCCUUGAAUUUGUAAUAUAUAGCACAGUUCUUUUCCCAAUAUUGUGCAGCCCUAAUUACUUGAAAUUUUACUAGCAAGUACACUGAAAAACUGGGCACAAUAGAAAAAUGAGAAGUUCAAUUAAAUAGUUAUUGAAGACCAACAUGCCGGGCUAAGGCUGAAAAUAAUCAUAAUUAAUCAGUCGAGGUUUAUUUUUUGGUUGUCUUAGCGUCUAGCUUCAAAUUCAUAUUUUUUUCCCAAAUGCACUUUACUAUUGCGGCAGCUUUUACACUGUUCUAUACAGUUUCAUUCACCACCUUAGCUUUUCUUGAGUUCUGACUUAUAAGCUUUGGAUGGGCGUUACCAAUCCACAGUAAACAUAGUUUUUUCAAGGCCCAUAAUGCAGUGCUUUCCCAGCUACACUCCCACUACCCAUAGUUGUCACUUAUGACUCAGUGGUGUGGCCAUUUUUUGUGCAGCACUCUAUUGCUUCUUCCAGAAUUAACUCAUAGUUCAUUGCAUAUAAACACUCCUUGAAGUGAAAUGGAUAAAAACUGUGGCUUGAAAACGGGGGAGUCAGACUAAACUGUAUAUAUCUGUCUGUUAAUGCUUUAAUUUGUAUUUGUGCUGUACUUUUAACCAAUAAUAUGUCAUGUUUUGACACUGGAUAAGCAGUCAGUGAUGUGUCAAAUAUCAGUAGUAUUUAGCUCACUUAAAUGUUAGUCGUUCUAAGGCUUGGUGAUCAGUUCAGAAUCGUUGCCGCAGUUUUCGCUGUAUUUGUUGUCUGUGUAGCUUCUCUAACUGAAACUAAAACACACUCAGAUCUGGGUGAGAUGGUAACCACUUUUGUGACUUUUAUGGUGACUCUGUUUGGACGUCCAUGUUCGUGUUCUGUAUCUGGAUGUUUUUCUCUAAGAAGAUACUAAAUGCACUUACCAACCACUUUGUUAGGAGUGUUGACUUGCUGGUUAUACCUUUCUGGUGCUCAUUGAGAAAAUGUAACCUAACAGCUUAUCAUAACCAUCAUUUAGCUUAUAAUCGGUGGUAGGUUUCUGAACAUAAAUCUGCUGUAGACUGGAUGUUAUUGUGUGGUGGACUUCUGACGGCUGAACCCCAAUAAUCUCAGUAGUGCUACUCCUAACAAGAUUGUAUUCACAAUAUAUAUUAGAAAGGACAUCCCAAUAUUGGGAUAAUGUCAUAAUAUUUCACCAAUAUGCUAAAGCAAAAAAAAAAACCCACUGUACCACUAUACCAUGGUACUAUGCUAUUCAUUUCCAGUGUUGUUUGUAGUUUACAUAGUUAAUUUUUUCCCCAUCCCCCCCAUUUUACCAGGCCAAUUACCCAACCCACUCAAUAGGACUCCCCCCAUCAUUAGUAAUGCCAACGCCUCUUUUCAAACUGCUGCUGAUGGAGGAUAGGAGGAAAGCGCAGCGACGUGGUUCUGAUACAUCAGCUCACAGAUGACUUGUGCUGAUCACCCUAGGAAUAAUGAGGUGAAAGAGUGCCAUCUACUGUACCCACCCAGAGAGAGAACAGAUCCAAUUGUGUUCUUUCAGGACUCCGGUAGCUGAUGGCAAGCUACAUGAACAGGAUUCGAACUAGCAAUCCACCUAGUAAGACCACAUAGUGGCAGCUCUUGGAGUACUUGGAGCCCCGUAGUUCUAGUUUAGAAAAAAGAUUACCGGUAAGUAAGUUCACAGUUCCAACUUUUCAUAUUAAUAUAUUUUACCCUUAAAAAUAGGCUGCCAUUCUUUUUCAAUAGAACUCCACAUAAAUCUACACAUUAAUCACCAGCCCAAUCACGUAAACUCCAGUUAUAAACCUCAUAAACUCGGUGUUCUGGCUGUAACUCAUCAGCAUCACCUCACCAACCAAUCAGCUUACAGUAGCAGUAAUGCCAUUUAAUGUAGAAAAACUGAAAUGUAUAGGUAUUUGCUUAAAAAUAAAGCUACUAGAUGCCUUUAACUAUAACUAAUUAAACUGUUUUAUUUUUGUUUAAUCCAAUAUGAAUUCUUCCAAUAGUGUAAAUCAUUUUAUUGAGGCACUGAUGCACUAUGUUUCAUUAAGUAAAAAAAUAUGAAAAAACAAAAGCAUAAUUCUAACAAAUAAAAAAAAUAGCUUAAGCUUAUGGUUUUGACUACUAUUACCUUGCCUUUGUGUUUCACUGCAGUGCUAGGAAUAGUCCACCACCCGAGUAAUACCUGUUUAACAGUGGCCUAAUGCUCAGAAACCAAGGACCAAUGAAAAUUCCUAAGUAAUGUGUAUCUAUAAAGUAGAUAUAACCACCACCAAGAAGAGGCCAGAAUCUUUCAGAUGCAAGUGAGCAUUUCUAAUGAACUGGAUGGUGCGUUUGUCAAAUGUUUUAUAUACACUAUAUGGACAAAAGUAUUGGGACACCUGCUUAUUCCUUAUUUCUUGUGAAUUCAAGUGUAUAAAAAAAUAGUUUAUCCUGCUAAUGGAGUCGUAGACACACUACUGUCCAGAGAAGGCUUUCUACUUGAUUUCCACUCUGAGGAUUUGAUUGCAUUCAGUAACUAGACCGUAAUCUCAUCCCAUAAUCAUUUAAUGAAUCUCUAUUAUUCCAGAAAAACAAAGUGGUGUCUGCACCCCUGCACCCCCUGAAUUGGCAGUACUUCUAUAUAGUUGCACACUGUGUCAGCAAUGUGUAAAGUCUCUGAAUGCAUUCAUUAUAAGCGGUGUCCACAAAAUCUUUAAUAUAUAAUGUAUAUACAGUUGUACAAUUAACCCGUGUCUUAAUUAGGUUGUUUGUGUCCUGUCGUUUAUCAAAGUCUCUUUAAAAAGAUGUUAAUAAAUGAAGAACCAAAA